UCGUGCUAGCAGCUAGCACAACUGCUAAAGUCCUGGUCUUUUCUCACGAGUCCGGAGAGUUUUGUGCCAAGUGCCAACGCCGGCAUGUCUCCUAUAGCAUCGGCGUGAUAUUGAGGUGUUUAAAGUGGGAUUCUCUUUAUGUUGUAGUGGUUAGAGGAAGCGAAGCUCUGCCCAGGUUGCUAGCUCUAGCUGUGUAGCAACGACAGCUGUUAAGUCUGUCAUGAUAUGCAACCGUGUGCUGUUGAGCUUCAGUCUGCACGGGUUGAAAAGUGUUUGUUUACAGAGACCGAGUGUCGUGAGGGAGCUCCGAGUUUGCAAUCUGCAUUCAACAUUUUCCAACAGGUGCAUUCAAGCAAAAACGUCCGAACCACCGACACACCGGUCCAGACUUCAGAUUGCAGUUCGGUUCUGUGUCUGUUUGCCAGCGGUGAGUGCCAUGCAGCCAGCCAGCACCUCCUAUGGAGGAGAGGCCAAUGCUGUUGCCUCUGAUGAGGAAGAUGAUGAGGAGGAGGGUUGUGCUGCUGGUGGGACUGAAGCCCUGGUUGACGCGGAGAGCAAAACGCAACAAGAUAAGAUGAUUAUUACAGGUCAGGUUGAGGCGAUCAGCAUGGAGGUCCAUAGAAGGAUGGCAGAUGCUGGAACAUGUACAGUGUUAACUCCAACGGAACCAAAUGAAAAAAAAUCCAAGAGAAAGAUGAGGAGGGAGAAGCUGAAGCUGAUGAAGAGGAAACUCAAAUCAGCCGAAGCGUCCGCCAGCUUAAUGUCAGAGCUUCCGUUUGCGCUGACCAGCCCAACCACAUGGAAAGAGCUUGGUUUCCCCACCCUAGAGACGUCUGAGAAGAAAAGGAAGAGAAAAAGAAAAGACAGUGGGGGCCAAUUGGAUAGCGAGGAAGAUGGUGACCUGAAGAAGAAAAAGAAGAAGAGCCAGAGACCUAACUACUUUGUCUCUAUACCCAUUACUAACACUGAGAUAAAGGCACUUGUGAAUGAGGUCCAAGAAAGCGUGCUUCAACAGGAGCCCCGGCUGGCGAAAGCGAUGAUCCCUGUCCCGACUCUUCACAUCACACUGCUGGUCACUCAUCUGGCCAGUCAGGAGCAAGUAGAACUGGCGGCUGCCGCGUUGGCUCAGGUCGAGCCGUCAGUGGCUGAGCUGCUGGGUGGGCGGGGCCUGGUUCUGCCCUUCUCGGGAAUCCGUCAUUUCAGGAAGGAGGUGGUGUUUGUUGGACUGGACGGCGGAGAACACAGACACACACUGGACAGCCUCGCAGAGUUGCUGCGGAGGCGUUUCGAGGAGCAAGGUCUCCUACAGGGAGACUGUCGCGACUUUGAGCCCCACCUCACCAUCAUGAAGCUGUCCAGGGCGUCAAAACUACGAUUCCAGGGAAUAAAGCGAGUGGAACCAGGCCUUUACUCCGACUACACAAACAAAUUUUUUGGAAACCAGGCGGUGGAGCGUUUGGAUUUGUGUUCUAUGUUAAAAAAGAAGCAAAAAGACGGAUAUUACCACACCGAGACUUCACUACAACUAG